AUGUUUGCAGGAAGCGGCAGUGAAGCGGAACUCUGGCAAGUCUCGCAACGGCUUUAUCCCGACCUCCCUCCAAUCGAGGCGUACCUCGCACUUCACCGCGACUACGUGGCACCUCUGGUACCGCCUUUCAUCAAUGGCACGCUUACCUUAUUUAAAAUUGGCGCUCUUUUGUUAGAUCCCUCUAAGAUUGCCUCUGUCGAGGCAGCUUGCCUUGUGAAGGAGUGCGGGGAGCAGCUUUAUUCUUACAUCUAUUCUUACAUCGAAAGUCUUUCUACAACCUCACAAUCAACAGCCAGAAAUCUCACAGCAAACGAGAAAGAAAUAUCAGCUCAGCUCACCUCGGAAAUUUGGAAGCGAUAUAAAGCGGGUACUCUAGGCCAACCGAGCCCGUUUAUUGAUGCCGUUGACACAGCGGUAAUGGGCGCCAGCGUCUCCGGUGAAAGCGUGAAGAAUAUUCCUAGGGAAAUCUCGAACAAGAAUACUUCGGCAGCUUCUGCCGAUUCUGGACCUUCGGAGUCAUUCUUCGAUCGCAUCGACUACCUGGAAUGCUGGAAUACAGCGUUGCGAACGAUCCAGACUGCCCAAGCACAGCGAAUCAUUAAAUGUCUGGAUGUUAUCGCCACAAACCUCGGAGAUAGUAAUUGCAUCGCUGUGAUGGGCGCAGGUGGUCCUGAAGGCUUUGCCCGACCUACAUAUGACCUGAUCAAGAUGAAGAUCAACAAGAUCGAUGCGGCGGAGCGCAAAAGUCAUCGCUUCUUCAUCUACCAUAACGCCAACAAUUGGCACCAGAUUUUCGAGAGGUUAAUACUCGAGAAUCCGCUGCCGUCGGAAUUCAUCAACAAUCCCUGCGAUGACCUCGACCAUGUUUGUCUGUUCAUGCGUGAAGUCAGACAGAAGCUCCUCGCGAAAGAUGAGAAGCGCGGAAAGGGCAUUAUAUUCCACCUAGUGAUCCCAUCAUGGUCUAAGCUCCAGGUCAAGGAGCCGUUGCAUUUCCCUGAAGACCUCUACCCUCUGCAAAUUGAGGGGCUGAAGCACUGUGGCAAGAACCAGGUCGAAUUGAAUCUUCCAGCAGCACCCGCUGGACUUCUCCACGGAGUCUCGAAUGUUCUUGACCCCCAAAACUGGAACACAAUUGCAGGGGGUGCCAGUGUCGCAGUCACAUUGCCAGCCGUAGGCUGGGGGGUAAACGGCGUAUGUCUUGCCGUUAGCCUCGGUGUCGGCACCCUUACAGGAGUGGGGCCACUUCUGGCCAUGCCGCUGUGGAUGGGAUCAGCGUCGUUUUGUAUGAGCAAGUCAGCUCCAUAUAUCCACGAGAAUAUUCAUGAUGCGCUACGUGAAGAAGACCCUAGGGUGCUGGGCUCCAAGGAGCGAUUGCACAUGCCGCGACAACGUUUUUAA